AUGACAGCUACUCCCUUAAUAAAUAUACUCACUGAGAACAAAUUGAACGAAAAUAACUAUAAGGAAUGGAAAAGGAACUUGAUGAUUAUCCUAACAUGUGAGAAACUAAAGAAAUUCAUUCAUAAUAAAUGCCCUCUUUCCAUUCAAGUUGAGGCUAGCAAACGCUGGGAGAAGUCUGUUGAGAUAGCUCAUUGCUAUAUGCUGGCAAACGUGACCCACACCCUUUAUAAGAAAUUGGAGAGCUGUAAGACUGCUAAAGCGAUUUUAGACAAACUAGAAGACAUGUUCGGAGGCCAAGCUACAUUGGCUCCACAGUCGACUAUUACUAGUUUGAUGAAUGCCCAGCAAAGGCUUAGCACAUGGUCAAAGACCUUAUGA